AUGAUUGGCUCCCCCGGCCCUGGCGCCCUAGUGCCAUGGCUGAGGGUGUGGCAAUGGGUGCUGGCGGUGUCGGUGGUGGCCACAGUGACCCUAACCCUCCCAGGGAGCAGCUUGGCAUGCCCCCCACGAUGCGAGUGCUCGGCCCAGCUCAGGUCAGUGUCGUGCCAGCGGAGGCGUCUAACCAACAUUCCAGAGGGCAUACCCACUGAGACACGACUUCUAGACCUCAGCAAGAAUCGUCUUCGCUGGGUGCAGGCGGGCGACUUGUCCCCUUAUCCCCGACUGGAGGAAGUGGACCUGAGUGAAAACGUGAUUGCCACAUUGGAGCCAAACGCCUUUGCAACUCUGAUGAAUCUCAAAGUGCUGAAGCUCAGAGGAAACCAACUGAAGCUAGUCCCACUUGGAGCCUUUGCUAAGCUGGGUAAUCUAACCAGUCUUGACCUGAGUGAGAACAAAAUGGUGAUUUUACUUGAUUACACAUUUCAAGAUCUUAAAAGUCUGAAGCACCUCGAAGUAGGAGACAAUGACCUGGUCUACAUUUCUCACAAGGCAUUUGCUGGGCUGGUGGGGCUGGAGGAGCUCACAAUAGCACGGUGUAACUUAACUUCCAUCUCGGGCCAGACUCUAUCCUAUCUUCGCAACCUGGUGACCCUCCGCCUACAUCAUCUUAGCAUUUCAGCUUUAGAGGACCAGAACUUCCGCAAACUGUCCAAUCUACGCGGACUAGAGAUCAGUCACUGGCCCUACCUCGAGUUCAUCUCCCCAUUAAGUUUCCAGGGCCUGGAUCUGCACUGGUUGUCUAUCACUCACACCAACAUUACAUCUGUCCCAUCUGCCUCGUUCAAAAAUCUGGUUCACCUUACUCAUUUAAACCUGUCAUACAACCCCAUCUCCACUCUGGAGUCCUGGGCCUUCAGAGACCUCCUCCGGCUAAAGGAGCUGAUCAUGGUGAAGACGGGGCUGACCACAGUGGAGCAUCACGCCUUUGGAGGUCUGAGGCAGAUCCGAGUCCUAAACUUCUCCUCCAAUUACCUGCAGACACUGGAAGAGAGCUCCUUCCACUCUGUCAACAGUCUAGAGACUUUACGAGUGGAUGGGAACCCUCUGAUGUGCGACUGCCGUCUGUUGUGGAUCCUGCAGAGACGCAAGACCCUCAACUUUGACGGCAGAGUGCCAGUGUGCACAGGGCCGGUGGAGGUGCAGGGCGUCAGUCUCAGCUCCUUCACCGACUCUGCUCUCUUUGACCACUUCACCUGUCAGAAGCCCAAAAUACGCAACCGCAAAAUGCAGCAGGUGAUUGCUCGUGAAGGGCAGCCUGUCACUUUCUUAUGUCGGGCUGAAGGAGAACCAGCACCUGCUAUUGUCUGGAUUUCCCCUCAGCGGCGACGAAUCACAUCUAAGACUUCAGGCCGCAUCACUGUUCUCCCGAGUGGCACCCUGGAGAUCCGAUACGCCCAGCUCACUGACAGCGGCACGUACAUCUGCAUCGCGAGUAAUGCUGGGGGCAACGACACCUACUUCGCCACACUUACAGUUCGGGGCCAACCACUGGAUGCUGCCUCGGCCUUUUUCCUUAACCGCUCCUUAUACAGCGGAGAGUUCUUCAAUGAUUCUAACAUAAACAGCACACGAGUGUUUCUCAAAUUCACCUUGGAUCUGACCACCAUCUUGGUCUCCACUGCGAUGGGCUGCAUCACUUUUCUGGGAGUUGUGCUUUUCUGCUUUCUACUGCUGUUUGUUUGGAGCCGGGGCCGUGGUCAACGAAGGAAUAACUUCACAGUGGAGUACUCUUUCAGGAAAUCUGAGCCUGCCACCUCUGGCGCCUCAGGAGGGACCAGGAAGUUUAAUAUGAAAAUGAUAUGA